AUGACUUCUCUCCUGCGAUGGGCCAAGGCCACCUUUCGAAGAGUUCCCUCCCCUCCCUUGUGUUUUCCAACCAGUGGCUUCGAAACGGUCAGUGGGUCUGAACUUGAAGAGGAACGAUUUGAAGCGUUCAAGAAAGGACAAUAUUAUCCUAUCAACAUUGGAGAUGUCUUGAGUUCCAGAUACCAGAUCAUCGGUAAAUUGGGAUUUGGGGUUACCUCCACCGUAUGGCUCGCUCGUGAUCUUGAAGGUCAUAAAUACGCGACAGUGAAGAUAUAUACGCGUGACAAAGCUAAUCAGGAAGAGUUUCAGAUCUAUAAGUAUCUGAAUCAACAAAAUCCAUCACAUCCUAGUUAUGCCCAUGUGAGAAAGGCUCUAGAUGUGUUCACCAUUCCUCAUUCCGAAGGUGACCAUCACUGUCUUGUUCAGAAACCCAUGUGGGAGAGUUUCAAGGAUCUCCUCUAUCGCAAUCCCAAUCAUCGGUUUACUGAGGAUCUACUCAGAGCUGGUCUUAUACAAGUUUUUCUUGCACUUGACUACCUCCAUACUGAAUGCAAGCUUGUUCAUACAGACAUCAAGGGUGAUAACAUUCUUCAAGAAAUAAAGGACAGAGCGAUCCUUGAAAGCUUUACAAAAGCUGAAAUGGAGAACCCUUCACCGCGAAAGUUUAUCAAUGGGAUACCAGUGUAUGCUUCCCGACGCUUUGAAUUACCAAAGAUAUUUGGCCGGGUAGUCCUCAGUGAUUUUGGUUCAGCUGUACGAGGAGAUGAGAGGAGAAAUCAUGAUGCACAGCCCAAUGUUUACAGAUCUCCAGAAGUGAUGCUGAAAACUGAAUGGAGCUACCCAAUUGAUAUAUGGAAUGUUGGUGUCAUGAUUUGGGACUUGUUUGAGGGCAAGCACAUGUUCCGUGGCAAUGAUCCUGAUUGGAAAGGGUAUUCCACCCGUGCACAUCUUGCUGAGGUGAUUGGCAUUCUGGGGCCGCCUCCCUUAGAUAUGCUCAAGCGUGGAAAGCGGAGCCUUGAAUUUUUUACUGAAGAUGGACGGUGGAAGCAUGACAUAGAGAUACCCCAAGCAAGUUUGGAAGAAUCAGAAGAGUUUCUUGAGGGAAGAAAUAAAGAAAUGUUUCUAGUUUUUAUGAGAGGGAUGCUUCAAUGGCGACCAGAAGAUAGAAAGACAGCGAAGGAACUGCUUGAGGAUCCAUGGCUAAAUGAGCAGAUAGACUAG